UUUUUCAAUAAUUGUAACACAUCCAAUUGGGAAAGAAAUAAAGAAAAAGAUCCAUUAAUUUGAUGCUUUCAAUCAAAUUAAAGAGUCGUUAAAAUGUGCCUUUCCUAUUGGUGACCUCUACGCACAAGCAAUUAAUUAUCUCCAAAAAUAAAUUAAGAGUGCAUGUCUUGAUCAUAUCAUCCAUCCGCGGGGAUUUAUUAGACUCCAUCGAUCGAUGGCAUCUUUGUAUAACCAUUACGUUGCUACCACGUCAUUCCUCGACAAACCAUCAAAAUCUAUUUCCGGAUUAAACCACGUUCAUUCCUUCUCGAUACCUAACCUUGUUGUUAAGAAUCGGUUUCCAAGAAUCUGUGCUGAAGCGGUUGUUGGUUUAGAUGGUCAUCAUGGCUGUAACAAAAUCGUAAAUGAUGAUAAAGAGUAUUAUGAUCGUAAAGACAAGCUGGAUGAAUGGGUCCAAGGUUCAGUUACAGAAAUAGUGAAAAACAUAAGACAAGUGCCUUUACUUGUUCAGAUUUACGCUAAUGGGGAGGUGAAAACGGAGAAAGCUGUAAAAUCAAAAAGCUGGCCAAAUGUGAUUACAGAGAGAUCGUCUUCACCACCCGAGGGUAUUAUACUUGUGGAAGAGAUCAAGGAGAGCAAGAACCAAGAAUACAGUUUUGAAUUAAACGAAGAAGGGGGCACUAAAGCUUUCGGAGUUCUUAUUCAAGGUAAAACUACAGGAAGAUACGAUGGAUGUAAGUCGGCAUGUUACUUAUUGGAAACAACGUGUAACUUUGAUUAUGGGGCGGGGUUUACUUGUAGUCAUUUUUGUUUGAUGAAAGUGAAGAGCUUUAAUGAAUCUGCAUCUUCUCAGUUGAAAAGUUGUUGGCUGGUUGAUUGAAUUGGAAUGGCAGUUUGAGAUACAGUUCAAGACUCGAUGUAAAUGAUACAUUGUUCAAAAUGAUUGGGGUUUUCAUAAUGACCGAAACUUGGUUAAUUGUGAAAUUUCCAAAAUAUAAUUGCUAAAGCCAUAAUCUAAUUAUAUAUGGUUUUAAUUCUAUUGUGUAGCUUGACUAUGUAGUUAUUGUAUUUUAUUCAUAACAGGUUGAUCCUUGUAUGCAAUUAUAUUCGAUCUUAACAGAUUCAUUCAUAUCA